AUGCUGAUUUUGGGAAAUUUAUGCUUUAUUCCCUUUGUUUCUGUGCUAUUAGAUGUAUUUGUGUGCGAUGAGUCAAUAGGAGACAGUUUCACUGAUUCUUUUCUUGCAAAAGACUGCUAUCAGUUUUGCUGGAAAGGCAACCAUAUAGUUUAUGCAAUUUUAUCUGGGAUUGCAAUUUUAAUUUAUGAGCCUUUAGCUGUCUUUUGAGGCCUCUUUGGCAAGAAUUUCAACCAGUUUUGCAUGUAA